AUGAAUUCGUUAUUUUCUUAUCUUGUCGAAUUUUCUUUCCGUUUAUUUCUUUUUUUCUUCAUUUAUUCCAACACGUUAUUCCUUCUUUUUUCUUUCUUUCUUUCUCUCCAUCCAAAUAUCAGGCCUACCAUGCAACCACUUGUUACUCGUGCACUAAGCCUAGGCGCUGUUCAUAUCUAUCUAUCUAUCUAUCUAUCUAUCUAUCUAUCUAUCUAUUAUGAAUCUACCCAAAUUUCGCCCACUGUUCAUAUCUAUCUAUCUAUCUAUCUAUCUAUCUAUUAUCUAUCUAUCAUCUAUUCUAUCUAUCUAUCUAAGUCUGUUUAUUAUCUGUCUACUAUAAUGCCAAUCGUAAACCCGCGUCAUUUUCGAUCUAAACUCAUCGGAUUCUGCAUACAUAUCUAUCUAUCUAUCUAUCUAUCUAUCUAUCUAUCUAUCUAUCUCUGUUUAUAUCUAUCUACUACAGUUCCCACCAAGCGUCUUUUCUCUUUCUCCUUCUUUUUCUUUCUCCCACAAUUAUUCCUUAUUUUCUUUUCUUUCUUUACCCAUUUUCCUUUUUCUUUUCCCCGUUGUUCAUUCUUGUUUUUCCCUUUUCGCCUAUUAUUCUUUCUUUUUUCAUUGAUUCAUUCUCUCCAAUCUUCUUUCUUUUUAUAUUCCUUCCUUCCUUCCUUCCUUCCUUCCUUCCUUCCUUCCUUCCUUCCUUCCUUUUUCUACCUUUUUAAUUCAUUGUUUCGUUUCACUUCUUCUUUUUCUCUCUCUCUCUCUCUUCUUUCUUUUUCGUCUUUUUUUCAUUCUUUUUUUUCGCCUUUUUCUUUUAAUUGCUUUUUGUCUUUCUUUCAUUCUUUUAUUUCUUUCCUAUCAUUUUCUUCUUUCUUUUAUUCGAUAUGCGUCUUUCUUCCACGCGCUCACAUUCCUAUCUUCGUCUUUGAUUUUCUUACAACUGCAUCCUCUCAUUUCAUUUUACACGAAAACUUCCCUCCUCCCAAAAGCUGA